AUGUCCCAAAUACAGCUCAACAAUCUGGCCUUUGCCUCUGAUGCUGGAAAGCUCUUGGGUUGGUUUGCAGGCAUUGCUGCUAUCUACUUACCCCUUUGGCUUGUUCUUUUGAUCGGUUCGCUUCUCGGGUUAAUCGGCUAUGGCAUCCAGUUCCUCUUCAUCACAAACCAAAUCCCAUCUCCCUCCUAUUGGCUGAUUUUCUUCCUCACUGUUCUUGCUGGCAAUAGCAUCUGCUGGAUCAACACUGUCUGCUAUGUUGUCAGCAUUAGGAACUUCCCAUGUCACCAGCAGAUUGCUGUGGGGAUAACAACAAGUUACCAAGGACUGAGUGCCAAGAUCUACACAGAUAUUGUUGGUGCUGCAUUUCUUCCUCGCCUCAGGGAAAAGCCAAGGCCUAUUUGCUUCUGA